AUGGCUACCACCUACCCUGCACAGGAUCGGGUAGUUGCUUUGGUGGACAUGGACUGUUUCUUUGUUCAAGUGGAGCAACGGCAAAAUCCUCAUUUGAGGAAUAAACCUUGUGCGGUUGUACAGUACAAAUCGUGGAAGGGUGGUGGAAUAAUUGCAGUGAGUUAUGAAGCUCGUGCUUUCGGGGUCACUAGAAACAUGUGGGCAGAUGAUGCUAAGAAGUUAUGCCCAGAUCUUCUUCUGGCACAAGUUCGUGAGUCCCGUGGGAAAGCUAACCUCACCAAGUACCGGGAAGCCAGUGUUGAAGUGAUGAAGGUCAUGUCUCGUUUUGCUGUGAUUGAACGUGCCAGCAUCGAUGAGGCUUAUAUAGAUCUGACAAGUGCUGUACAAGAGAGACUACAAAAGCUACAAGGUCAGCCUAUCUCAGCAGACUUGUUGCCAACCACCUACAUUGAAGGGUUGCCCCAAGGCCCUGCAACAGCAGAAGGGACUGUUCAGAAAGAGGAGAUACGAAAACAAGGCUUAUGUCAGUGGCUUGAUUCUCUUCAGAUUGAUAACACUGCCUCUGCAGACCUGCAGCUCACCGUGGGAGCCAUGAUCGUGGAGGAAAUGAGAGCAGCCAUAGAAAGGCAGACAGGUUUUCAGUGUUCAGCUGGAAUUUCACACAAUAAGGUCCUGGCAAAACUGGCUUGUGGACUAAACAAGCCCAACCGCCAGACCCUGGUCUCACAUGGCUCAGUCCCACAGCUUUUCAGCCAAAUGCCUAUUAGCAAAAUCCGUAAUCUUGGAGGAAAGCUAGGGGCCUCUGUCAUUGAAAUCCUGGGGAUAGAAUAUAUGGGUGAACUGACCCAGUUCACUGAAUCCCAGCUCCAGAGUCAUUUUGGAGAGAAGAAUGGGUCUUGGCUAUAUGCCAUGUGCCGAGGGAUUGAACAUGACCCAGUUAAACCCAGGCAACUACCUAAAACUAUUGGUUGUAGUAAGAACUUCCCAGGAAAAACGGCUCUGGCGACUCGGGAACAGGUACAGUGGUGGCUUUUGCAGUUAGCCCAUGAACUAGAGGAGAGACUGACCAAGGACCGGAAUGAUAAUGAUAGGGUGGCCACCCAGCUGACUGUGAGCAUUCGUGUACAAGGAGACAAACGUCUCAGCAGCCUGCGCCGCUGUUGUGCCCUCACCCGCUAUGAUGCUCACAAGAUGAGCCAUGAUGCAUUUGCUGUCAUUAGGAACUGUAAUACUUCUGGAACCCAAACUGAAUGGUCCCCUCCCCUCACAAUGCUUUUCCUCUGUGCUACCAAAUUCUCUGCCUCUGCUCCUUCAUCUUGCACAGACAUCACCGUCUUCUUGAACAGUGACUCAAGUUCUCUGCCAAAGGUGCCAGUUACCAGUUCAGAAGCUAAGACCCAGGGAAGUGGCCCAUCAGUGACAGCCACCAAGAAAGCAACCAGUUCUCUGGAAUCAUUCUUCCAAAAAGCUGCAGAAAAGCACAAAGUCAAAGAAGCUUCACUUUCCUCUCUUACUGCCACUACCCAGGCUCCCAUCCAAACCAGUUCACCAUCCAAACCCUCAUUUCCUUUCCAAACCAGUCAUACUAAAGGAAUUGAGCCCUUUUUUAAGAAGAAAAGUUUAGAAGCCCUAAGGCAGAAACAGCUUAAUAAUUCUUCAGUUUCCUUUCCUCCACAAAAGUCAUGGUCCAGUUCUAAAGAAUUAAGAAACCAUUUUCUGACAGAGAAUCCAGAAUGUGCCCGUACUUGUGAAAAAGUGCUGAAACCAGAAUCCUCUAAAGCAACUCCUGCAGAGAUGGCUGUGGACCAGAGCAGCCCAGGCAGUCUUGCUUCUUCAGCCUCCAAGUCAGCUUUGGGUGUGGCUCAAAAGGCAGCUACUACGCCAAGUCUUUUGGAUGCUGAAGACCAAGUGUCCUGUGAAAAGUGUGGCUCCUUGGUACCAGUGUGGGAGAUGCCAGAACAUAUGGACUAUCAUUUUGCAUUGGAGUUGCAGAAAUCCUUUUUUCAGCCCCAUUCCCCAAGCCCCCGGGUUGUUCCUGCCCUAUCUCCUCAAGGCAAAAGAAAUCCCAAGAGCCCUUUGGCCUCCGGUAACAAACGGCCUAGGCCGGAGGGCAUGCAGACACUGGAAUCAUUUUUUAAGCCAUUAACACACUAG